AUGCGAGCAAUGGCAGAUCAGGCUGCAGCAGCGGCAGACGCCUCUCCAACCCUGGCACCAUCCCCGGGUUCACCUCGGCGUGGGGACACUGAUGGGCUAACACCCCAUCCCACCAGCACCAGGGAGGACAGCGGCAGCCAGGAUGCCUGCGGGCUCGUUUUCGCUAUGGACAGGGACACGAAGCCUCCCCCCUUGCCCCAGACUGGGGGGAUGCUCCUGGCCGACCUCCCGCGGGCCCCUCAGCCCCGGCUGAGCCCGGCCAAGUCCCACACAGCCCCCUCCUCCCCCAGUGUCUCCCCAUCGGAGAGCCGCGCCGCCCUGCUCCGGCUGCGGGAGGCCAGGCUGGAAGACACCAAGAAGCGGCUAUCGGAGGCCAUGCAGGAGCCCCUCAGCCGGCUUAGCCGGCUCAUGGCCGAGGAGAGCGGCCCCACACCCCGGGCGAAGGCGGGUGCCGGGGGGCAGGAGGCAGGGGACAGCCCCGGGCAGGCAGGGGGUCGCGGGGCUGGGGGACGCCGGGCGCGGGACUGGAGUCCCUGGGAGCCCACCCUGAACUGCCGCUACGAGAUCUGCUCCUACGGGGACGUGAUUCAGGUGGUGGAGGUGGCGCAGCGGGAUGCCGAACCCCGGCUGCCACCCCCUGAGGAGCCGCUGCCGGCACAGCCAGGGGCCACCGUGCCGGGCAGGACCCUCGCCUCCAUCACCCUCCUCGCCUAUGGCUACUUCGUCCUGCCGCUGCCGCCCUAUGCUGCCGGCCUCUGCCUGGGGCUCAUCUGCGGGCUGGUUCUGGGCUUCCUCGCCAUCCUCCUCCUCAUGCCAAAGCCUCUGCCGGCAGCACGGGGACCACAGAGCCGCCUGCGCCCCGAGCUGCUCCUGGGGAAGCCGCGGGAAACCCACCGCCUCCAGGGCUGGAUGAACCAGCUGCACAUCUACGACCCCGAGCUUUUCCACCCCUUGCUCACGCACUCAGUGCUUGCCACGCUGGAUGGGGCCACCCUCAAGCUCUCCUACCCCAAAAGCAACAUCCCGCGCCGAGCCACCUUCGAGGAGGAAAUCGUCGACACCACCUUCGUCAGCCACCGCUGCUACGACCUGACCGACGCCAAGGUCUUCCUCUGCCCCCCCAGCCUGGCCCGAAAGCGGACGUGGAACAAGAAAUACCCCAUCUGCGUCCUCCUCCCCAACCCGGUGGACAUGGAGUGCAGGAGCAGCGAGGAGCACGACGCGGAGCUGCAGAGGAAUGAAGGGAUGAAGAAGGCGCCGGUGCCGGGGCAGGACGUCCCAGGGGACUGCAGGGAGAGGUGCCUGUACCUCUUUGGGCGGACAGGGAGGGAGAAGGAGGAGUGGUACCAGCACCUCGUGCGAGCCUCUCGCCCAACACCCAGCAGCAGCCGCGGCGAAGCCAGGGCAGGCGUGGGACCGGCUCCGCAGAGCAGUGGCAGCAGCAGCGGAGGGAGCGCUGAGGACAUCCCCUCCGCUGUCCCACCCAAGGACCUGGCGGGAAGCAUCCGACAGAAGAUUUUCCUGGAUUACAGCACCUACAUGGCCCGAUUCGUGCCAGUGCAGGUGGGGGGCAGCCCGGACCGGAGCCCCUCUCACGGAGCACUGGGCAGCCCCACACCCAUGAAGGGGUUUGUGGCUUCUGUCCCUCCGCAGCUCAGCGGGGACACGGCCGGGCGCAGCGAGGUGUGCAUGGCCUGGAUGAACGCGCUGGUGGGGCGCAUCUUCUGGGACUUCCUCCGGGAGCAAUACUGGGCUGAGCAAGUGUCCAGCAAGAUCCAGAAGAAGUUGAGCAAGAUCAAGCUCCCAUAUUUCAUGAACGAGCUGACACUGACAGAGCUGGACAUGGGCACAUCCAUCCCCUCGGUCCUCAGGGCCUCCAACCCCACCAUCAAUGACAGAGGGCUCUGGGUGGACAUGGAGGUCACCUACAGCGGCUCGUUGCAGAUGACACUCGAAACAAAGAUGAACCUCUGCAAGCUGGGGAAGGAGAGCGCUGCAGAGGAAAGCAGCCCGGCAGAGGCAGGUGGAGAGGGGGCCAGGCUACGGCUGAUCCUGCUGGCAGACAGCGAUGCAGAGUCAUCCAGCGCCGGCUCAUCCGACGAGGAAGACGUCACCGCUGCAGAACCCGCAGGAGCCCUGGGAGAGCGGGUCCCGCCGGCUGGUGCCGAGGGCCACGUCAGCGGCAACAGCACGAGCCGGAAGAUCCUGCGCUUUGUCGAUAAGAUUGCCAAGUCCAAGUACUUCCAGAAGGCCACUGAAAACGAGUUCAUCAAAAAGAAGAUCGAGGAGGUUUCCAACACACCGCUGCUGCUGACGGUGGAGGUGCAGGAGUUGGCAGGCACCUUGGCCGUGAACAUCCCCCCACCACCGACGGACCGUGUCUGGUACAGCUUCCGAGUCCCACCCCAGCUGGAGCUGAAGGUGCGCCCGAAACUGGGUGAGAGGGAGGUGACGUUCCUCCACGUCACCGAGUGGAUCGAGAAGAAGCUGCAGCACGAAUUUCAGAAAAUUUUGGUGAUGCCAAACAUGGACGAUCUCAUCAUUCCCAUCAUGCGCUCUGGCCUGGAUCCUCAGCCACCCGCUGGGGGACUGCCCAGGGACCUACCAGCCAAGGGAGAGAAGAGGCUCUGA